AUGGAAAAUGUCCUUUCCGACGAUGAGCCCCGCGAGCGGUCAGUUCCCUUGGCGGAGACGUGCUCCGACAUCGUUGUCGCUGCGACCUCAUCACCGCCUCUGGUUCUCCACGCGCCUGCCACGGAAGACCAGAUUACCAGUAGCGACGACGCCCUUCUUCAGCCCGCUUGGAGUGAUAGAGAAACCCGCGAUACGCCGACGUGCCAGCAUUUCCUCGAGGAGCGGCCUGUGGAAAGAACUACCGCUCUAAAACGCGGCCAACCCGUCUUCAAUCGGGCGGGUCAGGCCAUCUGUCGUAUCAUGGCACGCAAUGCGAAGCAGUGCUGGACGUAUGGUCGGAUCGCCGCGAUCUUUGGCGUAUCGUACCAGUCGGUGCAGCGGGCGGUCGAAAAUAAGUCCGCCGACGAUGUGGCAGACGAUUAUGAGGCCGCGGGCGACCCGGAUUUCAGCGUCUACUUCCCGCCUCUUCCGCCAGGGUCAAGGUCGUUGACUGACUCGGAAAAAAUGGCGUUUUCGGAGGACUACAGCGAGGGUGAAGGGGGGACGUCUUCCACGUUUGACAGCGACAUAAUCGUCACGACAGGCUUGAAUCGGGCCGCGAAAGAUUCAUUUUACAAACGGCUGGGUAGAUUGUCCGACGCUGGCUACCGUAAUCCUACGGCCCCUGAUUUCUCACACAAACGGCCAAUCACUGAUACAUUCACCGAUUCGGACGAAGAAAGUGCAGCCUCGAGUCCUGUCGACCGCCCAUAUCCAUAUUUCGGCCCAGUCGGCUCAUUGAGCCACGUUCAAAGUUUUCCUCACAUGUUUGGCCCCACAAACCAUCCGAUUGUGUCGAACUGCGCUUCUACAGCGCACUCUGCCCAGGGCGAUACUAGUACUCCCAAGAAUAAUGGUGCUCGAAGUGUGGAGAAACACAUUCGGCGAGCAUUACCCAAGCCUCGUCUUGAAGCAACGGCCCGGGCUGCCGGCGCUCUGUCGGUUUCUCCUCUACAACAUUGUCCUCCGAAGAGCAGUGACGUCGGAACCUUCCUGAAAACGGCUCUCCCAUACCUCAGAGACGAUCGGUUCGCCAGCUACGUGUGUCUUCUCGAGAGAAAGGGUUUCACGGUGGGACGGUUGCACGCCAUGGCAGGCUGGCAGAAGCAAGAGCUGAAAGAGGCGGGGCGACUGCUCACGGUGCCCAGCAAAGAACGCCCCGACGAGCGCAUGGUUCCAAUCGAGUACGCCCAGCUGGUGCAGGCGGUACAGAAGCUCGGCGGCGCGAAGAAGUCCCUCGACCCGUGCCUCCCGCCGGUUGGCGCGAAUCCGCUGCACAGCAGCCGCACGCUGGCGGACUUUCUCCGGUACGUUAUGGGCUUUGACCUGUCUGGUCGAAAAAGAUUGUGCGAGAUACAGGGAAUCACUGUGGUAUUCCUAUGCGAACAACGGAAAGCGAAGGACGAUGGGGAGCUGCGUGAAUUGCUGGAGGCCGUGUUGCUGGACGACGAGGACGCGCUUAUGUACGACGAGGCGGCCGCGGAGCCGCGAAUGACGGCGCUUGAGGUCUUGGCGGUAGAGUUGGCGAUUCGGAGAGCCAGAACGGCCGAGGAAUUUGUCUGA